UCAAUAUUUAAAAUUUUCUAAAAAGAAGAAGAAAAGCCCUAAAGCUUUCAAGAGAAGACACUGACGAAGAGGAGAAGACCUCUUCAAAUGCUCGCGCGAACUCUCUUCCUCCAAAGUAAACCAUAGAACCAACCUUCUCUCCCUCACUCACAUUCCCUAGAAGACGAACGAAAAUGGCGAACAAGCUCAAAGUCGAAGAACUCCGUGCAAAGCUCGCCGAGCGCGGACUCAGCACCACCGGACUCAAAUCCGUUCUGGUGGAGAGGCUCGAAGAGGCUAUCGCGGAAGACGCGAAGAAGGACGAAUCGAAGAGGAAGAGGAAACGAAACCUAGAUUCUUCGGACGGUGCUGAUGAAUCGAACAAACUGAUUGCGAUUGGCGAGCUUCGUGCGAUGAAUGUGAAGGAGUUGCGCGAGGAAGCUAGUAAGAGAGGCUUAGUCGAAACAGGUACGAAGAAAGACCUUCUCGAGAGGCUCUGCAACGACGCAAACAACGAUUCCAUUGCCCCAGUCAAAUCAGGGACAGAUGGAGCUGAAGAUGGAGAUGAUGGCUUAGAAGAAGAAAAGAAAGAAGAGAAGAUUGCAAUUGACGAGCUUCGUGCAAUGAAUGUGAAGGAGUUGCGCGAGGAAGCUAGUAAGAGAGGCUUAGCUACAACUGGUACCAAAAAGGUGCUUCUCGAGAGGCUCUGCAACGACGCAAACAACGAUUCCAGUGCUACAGUCAAGUCAGGGACAGAUGGAGCUGAAGAUGACGAUGAUGGCUUUGAGGAAGAAAAGAAAGAAGAGAAAAUCGUAACUGCCACAAAGAAGGGAGCAGCGGUGUUGGAUCAGUGGAUUCCUGAUAACAUAAAGAGCCAGUACCAUGUUCUACAAAGGGGUGAUGAUGUUUAUGAUGCCAUGUUGAAUCAGACAAAUGUCAGGGAUAAUAAUAACAAGUUCUUUGUCCUACAAGUGCUAGAGUCUGAUAACAAGAAAACAUAUAUGGUCUACUUCAGAUGGGGAAGAGUUGGUGUGAAAGGACAGAGUAAACUAGACGGACCUUUUCACUCAUGGGAUCGUGCAAUAGAUAUAUUUAGCAAUAAGUUCCUUGAUAAGACAAAGAAUUUUUGGUCUGACAGAAAGGAGUUUAUACCUCAUACUAAGUCCUAUACAUGGAUCGAAAUGGACUAUGGCAAAGACGAUAAUGAUUCAGCUGUUGUCAAUGAUGUUCCCAAAUCAUCUUCUGAAGUUAAACCGGAGGAAUCAAAACUAGAUCCCCAAGUUGCCAAGUUCAUCUCUCUUAUAUGCAAUGUAAGCAUGAUGGCACAGCACAUGAUGGAAAUAGGAUACAACGCUAACAAAUUGCCACUUGGCAAGCUAAGCAAGUCCACAAUAACAAAGGGUUAUGAAGUGUUGAAGAGAAUCUCGGAGGUAAUGAGCCGGUUUGAUAGAGCGAGGCUUGAGGAACUCAGUGGAGAGUUCUAUACUGUGAUACCUCAUGAUUUUGGUUUCAAGAAAAUGAGUCAGUUUGUUAUAGACACUCCCCAAAAGUUGAAACAGAAAAUAGAAAUGGUUGAAGCAUUAGGUGAAAUCGAACUCGCGACAAAGUUGUUGUCUAUCGACCCUGGAUUGAUGGAUGAUCCUUUAUAUUAUCACUACCAGCAACUUAAUUGUGGAUUGACGCCAGUAGGAGCCGAUUCAGAAGAGUUCUCUAUGGUUGCCAAUUACAUGGAGAACACUCAUGCAAAAACGCAUUCGGGAUACACAGUUGAGAUUUCUCAGCUAUUUAGAGCUUCAAGAGCUGGUGAAGCUGAUCGAUUCCAACAGUUCUCAAGUUCGAAGAAUAGGAUGCUACUUUGGCAUGGGUCACGUCUCACUAACUGGGCUGGUAUUUUAUCUCAAGGUCUUCGGAUAGCUCCUCCUGAAGCGCCAGUAACUGGUUACAUGUUUGGGAAAGGGGUUUACUUUGCCGACAUGUUCUCCAAGAGUGCAAACUAUUGCUACGCUAACAGCGGUGCUAAUGACGGCGUCCUGCUCCUCUGCGAGGUUGCUUUGGGAGACAUGAAUGAGCUUCUGAAUUCGGAUUAUAACGCGGAUAAAUUGCCUCCGGGGAAGCUAAGCACAAAAGGUGUGGGGAGAACAGCACCAAACCCAUCAGAGGCUAAGACACUAGAAGACGGUGUUGUUGUUCCACUUGGCAAACCAGUGGAUCAUUCAAGCUCCAAGGGGACUUUAUUGUACAACGAGUACAUUGUCUACAAUACGGAACAAAUCAAGAUGCGAUAUGUGAUCCAAGUCAAAUUCAACUACAAGUACUGAAAACACUUAUGUAGAGUAUUGAACCGACCAGCUCAUAUUCAACACUUUGAUGCUUAUUGGACUUGUUUUUGCAUUCGGCUUGGGAUUUAACCCAAUAGUGUACCCCCACUAGUGUGCUUUAAGAAAGCUUGUUAUGUGUGCGGCUCUCAUCUCGCUAAUCUGAACUUGAACUUGAUUUCUUUGUAAAUGUCUGUUUUUAAAAUAAGAUAUUUAUUUCUACAUCUUAAUUGAUUUGAAAAUCCAUAUACAA